UUUCAAACUGUAACCAUUCUUGUUUUCACUCGGUAGUGAACAAAUCUCUCUCUUUCUCUCUCUAGUCGGUUAUCUCGAGACAGCGGCUGGCAGAGACUUGAUCUUGCUGACUCUUUCUGAUUCAGUUUUUGUUUUGAUUUUUGUGUUGACUGAAAUUUUGAAUCGUUUCCUUGAUCUUGAAGCUCUGAUCGAAAGAAAUGUUGAAGAAGCUGGUGGAGAAGGCUUCUAUGAAGAAGCCAGGAGGAAAUUCAGAUGGUUUGAAGUCCAAUGAUCUAGAUCCACGCGUAGUUUUCCAUUAUGGAAUCCCUUCAGGAUCUAACAUGUUUGCUUAUGAUCCUAUACAGAAAAUUCUUGCAGUUGCCACAAAGUAUGGCAGAAUUAAGCUAUAUGGAAAAGAUAAUACUCAAGCUAUGCUUGAAUCGAAUGAAGCUGUAUCAAGCAAGUUUCUUCAGUUCCUUCACAACGAGGGCAUUCUUCUAAAUGUAACGUCCACAAAUCACAUCGAGGUUUGGGACAUAGACAAGAACCUUUUGUCUGAUGUACAUCUUUGUAAGAAAGAAAUUACCUCCUUUACGAUCAUGCAAAGCAGUCACUUCAUUUUUGUCGGAGAUUCUGGUGGUAACAUUACCGUUUUGAAGCUUUAUCAAUCAUGUCGUGUAGUACAAAUGGAGUAUACUAUACCUCUUUCAGCUUCUCAUGGGAAUGAAGUUUCUGAUGAUCCUGCCGUGUCAUUUAUACUGCCUCCACCCAUAGCUGAAAGUAAGAGGAUUCUUAUUAUUUUCAGAGAUGGCCUUAUUACAUUGUGGGAUAUUCGAGAAAGCAAAUCCAUCCGUGCAGCUGGCGGAAAUGUGUUGCAAUCACUCUACCAUGAAAAGAAACAAGUGACAUCCGCUUGUUGGGUUUGCCCAGUUGGAAGUAAAGUUGCUGUAGGAUACAACAAUGGGGAGAUUUUCAUCUGGGGUGUUCCCUCUACCCCAAACGUCAAAGCUGAACUGUCAUCGGAGUUUAACACUCAGACGACUCCUAUUUGUAAACUUAAUCUUGGAUAUAAAUUGGAAAAAAAUCCUAUCGCAUCAUUGAAAUGGGUUUAUGCUGAUGGAAAAGCUGGUCGACUGUAUAUUAUGGGCGACUCUGACUCGGUUUCUGCAAACUUGUUGCAGAUAAAGUCAUUGAAGAUUGUGGUGUGGCAGGUAAUCUUACUGAAUGAGCAAACUGAAUCCCGCACAUCUAAGUUGGUGCUACCUUGUUCGGAACCAUGUAUUGACAUGGAGAUUAUUUCAAGCUCAAGUGAACAAAGCAAGCAAAAACAAGAUUUUCUCCUUCUACUUGGAAAGUCUGGGCAUGUUUAUGGUUACGAUGAUGGUCAGAUAGAAAGUUAUCUUUUACAAUACCAAUCCCGUUCUCCACCUUCACUGCCAAAGGAGAUCAUGGUGAAGAUUCCAUUUUUUGAUUCAAGUAUCACCGUAGUUAAAUUCAUUGCAGAUAACCCAUCAUAUAUGUUAAGUUCUACCGAUGAGGAUUACAUGCUUCUGGCGAAAAGUACUCCAUCUUUUCUUCCUUUUGAGACGAAGCAAAAAGAUGUACCACAGUCCCAUGGAUUUGCAAAGGUUAAAAACUUGUUCAUAACUGGACACAGUGAUGGAGCAAUUAACUUUUGGGAUGUAUCAUGUCCAUUUUUUAUCCCCAUUCUAUCAGUAAAGCAACAGAGUGAAAAUGAUUUCUCAUUGAGUGGUGUAGCACUGACAGCACUGUAUUUUGAUGGCUGCUCUCGAGUCCUUGUUUCUGGAGAUCAAAGCGGAAUGGUUCGAAUUUACAAAUUCAAAUCUGAGCUACAUGCCAUGGACAACAGUUUUAUGCCUUUUACAGGUAUUAUGUUAAAAGGAAAUAGCCACAUCUUCCAUAGUGUUAAAGUUAUAAAGGUUAAUGGUUCUAUACUUUCUCUAAACAUAAGCCAAACUUCACGACAUCUUGCUAUUGGAUCUGAUAAAGGAUAUGUUGCCUUAGUUGAUAUAGAAGGCCCCACUGUGUUGUACCAAAAACACUUUGAUAGUGAAAUUUGCACUGGCAUCAUAUCUAUGCAGUUUGAAACUUGCAGUUUGCAUGGUUUUGACAAGAAUGUUUUGGUGGUUGGAACUAAGGAUUCAUCAGUUUUGGCUCUUGAUAGUGAUUCCGGAAACAUGCUUAGCACUAACACAGUUCAUCCCAAGAAACCCUCGAGAGCUCAUUUCAUGCAAAUUCUUGAUGGCCAGGAUUCAUUAGCUAGAGGGGCAAAUAUAUCAAAUAGUAUAGAUAUCAGCAAGGGGAGUCCUGCAGAAAAUGUAAUACCAAAACAGUUGUUUCUAUUGUUAUGUUCAGAAAAAGCAGCAUACGUAUAUUCCUUAACUCAUGCAGUUCAGGGAGUUAAGAAGGUGCUCUACAAGAAGAAGUUCAAUUCCUCUUGCUGUUGCUGGGCAUCAACAUUCUACAGUGGCUCUGAUGUUGGCCUAAUACUCCUGUUUACUAGUGGAAAAAUUGAAAUAAGGUCCUUGCCUGAGCUAAUCCUAUUGAAGGAAACUUCAAUUAGAGGUUUUACAUGUCCUGUGCCAAAGCCGAAUUCAUUAUCUGAUAGUUUAAUAUGCUGUUCAUUGGAUGGAGAACUUGUCAUGGUAAAUGGAGAUCAAGAAAUCUUUUUUGUCUCAGCACUGCUCCAAAAGGAUUUCCUGAGGCUUUUGGACUCUGUAAGCCAAGUUUACAGGAACGAUCCAACACUUUCACAAGAAGGGCUGGUCUCUGGAUCUAUAGUCCAAAAGGAGAAGAAAAAGGGUAUAUUUGGCUCUGUUCUUAAAGAUAUAAAGGGCAGCAAAACCAAGCAAGCUCCUGAGGUGGAAACAGAAGAUACCAAAGAAAGCAUUGAAGAACUUUCAACAAUAUUUUCUACAGCUAAUUUUCCAAGUGAUUCUGAGAAUAUAGAUAACCUGGUGCUUAAAGAAGAUGAGGAUGAGUUAAACAUAGAUGAUAUUGACCUGGAUGAUAGUACUGUAGAAAAACCCAAAGAACGGGGUAUGUUGGGAAACUUGAAUAAGCAAAAAUUGUCAAGCACAUUUCAGGCUCUUAAAGGAUCAUUGAAACAGAAGAAGGUUAAGAAUGAGAAAAAUAAUAACAUCAAGGAAGAGCAACAGGAUGAUAAGACCAGUGCAGUUGAUCAAAUUAAGAAGAAAUACGGGUUUUCUUUAUCUGGUGAAUCCAGUGUCGCUAAAAUGGCUGAAAACAAGCUGCAUGAGAAUUUGAAAAAGUUGCAGGGAAUCAACUUGAGAACCACAGAAAUGCAAGACACAGCUAGAUCAUUCUCCUCCAUGGCAAAAGAGGUGCUGAAAAUUGCAGAACAAAAUAAAAAGAGCUCAUAAGCUCUCUUUUUGUUGUUGUGAUUGGUAAAUAAUACUAUCUUUUUUUCCUUUCCUUGAACUCCAUCGUUUGUAUAUCGCAUUCCUCAUAUUUUGAGUUACAAGUCUACUGUCGAGUUGUACUGUGCUGUACAGGAUUUUGUUUAAACAAUUAUUUAAGGUGUGUUUCGUUA